AAGUCAUAAGACCCGUUUCCUUCUGUUUCGCUUCGUUUUUUCUCUUCCUCCCUUAAACAGCAUCUCUCUUCCAUUUUUCUUACAAUUCUUGAUCGUUCAUUUUCACUUGGCUUCUCCUCUCUACCUAUCCCAGAUUCAUCCCUUCAAUCCUCUCUUUAUCUAAGAAUUAAGCACUUGGUUGAGGUUCUCCUGAUGAAAGAAGAGUUGUGGUGUUGCCGAAGGUGCAAAAUUAAUUGGAGAAACUUGUUCCUUGCUGGGGCUAUCUUGACAACAGCUGGUGUUAUGCUUCAAACCCCUUCACUUCCUUCUUAUCCAUUGAACACAUUGUUCAUAUCUCCAUCUGAAACAUUGAUGCUAUCAUCUCAUUCUUUCUUGAAUGGUUCUUUACACACGACUAAGAUUGUCACUGAGGCCAGGCUUGGAGAAUUUCAAGUAAUGCAAACUACUCCCACUCAUGUUUCACCAAUUAAUUCAUCUACUGGAUUGACACAAGCUAUGCCAGUCAAGGAAGAAAGAGGCAGAGUUUCUGAACUUAAAAGUUCUGUGCCUAGGAGAAGAAGGAAGAAAAGAAAGAUAAACAAUGACUUGAAGGUCAUAGAACCCCCUUCUCCUCCUUCACAUCUACCAACUCGUUUUGAGAAAUACAUUUGGUCUUUUCCACCUGAUGAUGCUCUUGCUUAUGCAAAAAAGGAGAUUGAGCAUGCUCCAGUUGUUACCAAUGAUUCGUAUUUGCACGUGCCUUUGUUUCAGAAUUUUUCUAUUUUCAAAAGGAGUUAUGAAUUGAUGGAACUAAUACUUAAAGUUUACAUCUAUCCUGAUGGGGCGAGGCCUAUUUUUCAUGUGCCUCACCUGAUGGGUAUUUAUGCUUCUGAAGGGUGGUUUAUGAAGUUAAUGGAGGGAAACAAAAAAUUUGUCACAAGGAUUCCAGAAAAGGCACACUUAUUUUAUAUGCCAUACAGUGCACGGCAGCUGCAACAGGCACUUUAUGUGCCUAACUCGCAUGAUUUGAGACCAUUGUCAAUCUUCCUGAGGGACCAUGUGAAUAUGAUUGCUGCCAAAUACCCAUUUUGGAAUCGCACACAUGGAUCAGAUCAUUUUCUUGUUGCUUGCCAUGAUUGGGGUCCUUACACUGUGACUGAGCACCCAGAACUACGUAGGAAUGCCAUAAAAGCUUUAUGCAAUGCAGACCUAUCUGAUGGGAUUUUUGUUCCUGGAAAAGAUGUUUCUCUUCCUGAAACUACCAUAAGGAAUCCAAGCAGACCUCUCCAAUAUAUUGGUCAUGGAAAUAAAGUAUCUCAACGUCCUAUCCUGGCAUUUUUUGCUGGGAACAUGCAUGGUAGGGUUCGGCCCAGGCUCCUCAAGUAUUGGAGGGACAAAGAUGAAGACAUGAAAAUUUAUGGCCUUCUACCACUUCGAGUGUCGAGACAAAUGUCUUAUAUUCAACACAUGAAAUCAAGCAAAUAUUGUAUAUGUCCCAUGGGGUAUGAAGUGAAUAGCCCUAGGAUAGUCGAAGCUAUAUAUUAUGAGUGCGUUCCAGUGAUCAUUGCUGAUAAUUUCGUCUUGCCUUUUAGUGAUGUACUAGACUGGAGUACGUUCUCUGUGGUUGUGACCGAAAAGGAUAUUCCAAGACUGAAGGAGAUUUUGUUGGCCAUACCACUGAGAAAAUAUCUCAGGAUGCAAGUCAAUGUGAAGAUGGUCCAAAGACAUUUUCUUUGGAACCUAAGACCAAUGAGAUAUGACUUGUUUCACAUGAUACUGCAUUCAAUUUGGUUUAGCAGACUCAAUCAAGUUCAAAUCCUCCAUACGUGAAACUAUUUACAUUGAAAAAGUACUGAAAAGGGCCAGAAGACGAGCUGAAAUUGUUUGACGAAUCACAGGAGUAAAGCAGUUGCAGGGAUUGGGAGGCGCAAAUGAUGAUAUAAGGAAGAAGGCAGCAGUAUGUCUUAUGUUUGAGCUAGUGUCAUUUGAGAAAUCAAGCUUCCUUUCAAAAGAAGUGCUCUAACACUUACCUACUUAAAAAAAAGUGCUCAAACACUUAUAUUGUGUUUUCUUUAAAUGCUUAUUGAUGCAAAUGAAAUGAUAU